AUGAAGUUCUCACAUGUCAUCAUCUCGGCGCUCGGCGUGGGCAGCGCAGUCAACGCAGCCGUCAUCCCCGAAGAAGCAAACUCGCUCGCCAUCCGUUCGAGUCACGACAUCGCUACAUCGCCCGAAACAAGCAACACUCUUGAGAAGCGCAAGGGCGGCGGUGGUGGCGGAAGAGGUGGCGGCGGCAGCUCUGGUAGUGGUCGUUCUGGCUCGUCUUCAUCGGGCUCAUCUGGCAGCUCUGGCUCUUCUUCAUCAGGUUCUUCGGGCAGCUCUGGUAGUCGAGGCUCUAGCGGUUCAGGCGGUACAAGCGUAAGACCGUCGUACGGCGCUGGAGGCAACUACUACGCUGGCGGUGCAACCACCGCAUACAGAUCUGGCGGCCGUUCGCCCGGUGGUAUUGCGCCAUAUGCUCUUGGAGGUGCGGCGCUUGGUGUUGGAGUGUUCGCCCUUUAUGGUGCCGGCGCAUAUGCCUACCCCUACGCUCAUCCUUACUACUUCCACAACCGCACCGAGGCCGCUCAAAACCAGACUUAUGGCAAUAACACAAACACCACACUUCCAGUCCAGUGUGUCUGCGCUCAGAACGCCGAGUGUGGAUGUGACGAUCANGGAGAUGAUUCUUACCUGGCUUCGAUUGUCGGCAACGGCUCAUCUUCCGACAUCAACUCGACUGUCGCUCGCAUCGCCAACGUCAACGGCACCAACACUUUAAUCCUCAAUGGCACUCUUCCCGAAGACGCCACGAGCUCAGGCUCUACUAGCGCCGCGACCGCCAUGAGAGUACCCGAGUCUGCUGGCCUGUGGAUGAUUGCCGCUGGUGUUGGUGCUUUCGUCUACGCCAUGUAA